AUGAUUUACCGUGAAACCACUUCUUUACCAUUUGUAGGUGAGGAUAUCCACAAGAUUCCGGCAGAAGGUUUUGAGCAGUAUAACGAUAACUAUAAAGAGAUCUGGAGGGACCUUAUAGCUUUUGUGAACCCUAAUAGACAGCAUGUAAUGCCACCGUUAUUUUGUGAGCUACGAUGUCGGGAAGUGGUAGAAUUCACUCUCUCUUGGUUGGCCAGGAAUGGGGGAAUGUCCAACAACUUGACCAAGGUCUACGAAGCUGAGCUCCUGAUUCUAGAACUGUUCAGGAAUGCGGGAGAGAUCGUUCCAUCCCGGAGCCAGGUCUCUGCGCUUCUUGCUUCAUCGGCCUGGGAUUAUAUGAAGGAUACGAGAUGUGAGUAUCAUGAAGAAACGGAAGUAGUCCUUGAAAAUUGUGCUUUGGGAACCUGCAAUAAAUACUGCUACUGCCUCAGUGAUGCGGUCUGUCCUAGGUACGACGUAGAGCUGACACCCAACCAUAUACCGGAGGCCGAAACCCCAGACGCUAUCGUCUAUCCCGCGCAGCAGAGGGAGAUCAAACCACAAGGUCAACGUACUCCACCGAGGGGUAACAGCAAGGGGCGCAACUACACACCCCCUCGGAUGAGAGACAGUGAUGUGGAAGAUAGAGAAGACAUCAACACGGCUCGUGAGGCACAACGAAUGGCCUCAUAUGAAGAUAAGCCGCUGCGUCAGCCGUCAACUAUUGGUAUAGCUCAUGUUGUUUCACAGCCAAAGUCUAACAUUCCUGAGACUGUUCAUAGCCAAGAAUCAGGUGCAUCCCAUCUUUAUGCUGGGCCUCCUGAACCACCAUCAGCUAAUCAGGUUCCUACCCCAGCCCAGGCGUGGCAGACGGUUACCACUAUACCUCAACAGAAACCAGGUGCAAUGAACCAGCAAGCCUCCAUUGAGCAGUUAACCAAUCAGAUGGGUGGACUAGGGACGACGCCCGCCGGUCGGGGGAUUCCCCCACAAUCACUUGGGCGCGGUCUAGGGCGUGGCUUGGGGCGAGGCCUUGGCAGGGGAUUGGGAAGGGGUGGUGUGGCCCCGCCCCCUGGAUUCUGAAACUCGUGUGUCUCACACCCACCAUACAGUUCAUCGGGUGUAGUGGUGCCAUAACAUUUCAUUGCCUGCUUGAUGACAUCCAUCAGGGGUUUACGGAGGAAACACCUGUCUGGGGAGAGAUUUUGGGAGACUUUUCUUAUGGUGCUGAUGUCUGGAAGCCUAUGCUUUUUCAUACUUUCAAUUUCAUAGACUGGGGAAGGCAGCAGUUUUGCUUUUGGAUACAAAUUGUGAUGGAAGAAACUGCAAUAUCCACUAUUGCAGAUUUUUUUGAUUUUAUAGCAAGUAACUGAAGGCUCGACAAGACUUGAUGAAGAAUGCGACAAUGGCUACUCUGGCAUUGCAUACAAUUAGACAUGAAUGCCCAGCUUUGGAUGAGCAAGUAUGUAAAGGCUUGGCCAGAGUUGAAUAAGAAAGUGACCACUCUGUUAUUAGGUUAGACAUAACUGGCCAGCAGCCAUGGCAAUAUUUAGAAACAAAUCAUUCAAAUGCUUUCACAGACUUGAAAAAUAAAGAUGCAUUAUGAUGUUGGAUGUAGGUAGUAAGAGACAAUCAUCUAGCAAUGCAAAUAUUCAUAACUGUUCUCUUAGGCAGCUGUUUAGGUUAUAAAGCCUUCAAAGGCUUGUCCAGUUUGAAAAAAAACCCAGAAAGUCUGGAUUGGUUGGAAAAUUGCGCUGCAGGUACAUGUAUGUGGAUAGAGAGUAUGGGAAAUCUUGGAGAAAAACAGGAUUACUUUGGAAAAAACACAAAUAAACAUGAGAAACAUAAAUGCUUGGCUAUGAUGCAGUUUUGAUAUACUCUAAGGACUAUUGCCCUCAAGUAACUAUAAGAAAUUCUUUUUGCGAUAUCAGGAAAACAGCCACUCUGAAUGCAACAAUUUUCUUUGAUAUUUUUUUAGGCCUGAAAAUAAGGAAGGCAAAUACUACACACAAUAUGAGUAUAAAUCACCAACUGCCUCCAAUAUACUCCUUUGUAGUCCCAGGUGGGUGUUUCAUAAAGCUGUUCGUAAGUUAAGAGCGACUUUAAGAACGACUGGUGAUCCUUUCUUGUGGUAAAUGGUAUAUUCAUUGGCGAUGGUUUAGCACGUAAGAAAGGAUCACCAGUCCUUCUUAAAGUCGCUCUUAAUUUACGAACAGCUUUGUGAAACAACCACCAGGGGCCCGUUGCAGAAAGAGUUGCAAUCAAACGCAACUCUAAAAAACAUGCGCAACUUGAAUUUCAACCAAUCAACAGCGCGCAUUUUGGACUUGCGAUUGAUUUUUUGACUUGCGUUUAAACGCAACUCUUUCUGCAACGGGCCCCAGGGCUUCCAAACAGAUGUGAUAUCUAGGAAAUAAUCUGAUGUUUCAGUAUCAUUCUCCAAUCUUUUGAGGGUACUUAAUAUGCUACUAUAGGAAUGAUGUGUUGGACAAGUUUUUUUUUAACAUGUGGUUGAUUAUAUUUAAACAAAUGACAACUCUUGUAUAGCCUUUUUACUAGUAUCUGUAGGUAAAUAAGCAUCUAGGUCAAAUUAAUUUUUGGACCAUAUAAUCAUGCGUUAUAUACAUUUUUAAAGUUAAUUUUCUCCUAUCUUGAACAGAUGUCUGUGAAUUCAGUAGAUUUGGCUUUGGUAAAAUACCUGUAUUAUUCUUAAGACUGUUUCUUUGAACAAGCCCAAGUUAUCAUUUGUAAAACCUAAGUAAUGUAAUCAAUGGGUGGGAUGCUAUUGCCUAGUGUUGACCCCCCUUUUUUUUAACACUGAUGUGUAUUCUGAAUUUGGGUUCAAUUUAAGCUGUGAUCGGAGUUUGUGCCCAAAAAUAGGUUGGCCCCCUCCCUGAAAAUAACAACAACAAACCAACUUACAUACGUUGCUUAUUAUGCUGAUUCGCAUCAGCUACAAUCAAAAUGAGAUUUUUUAGAUUAAAAAUCUCUCUAUUAACAAUCAUCUGAAUUCAAGUUUGAUAUUUUCAAAAUUUGAUAAGGGGUAUAAGAAAUGAACUCUCAACAUAUUAAGAAGAGGAAAACAUGAGGUACAUGUAUUUCAUUUAACACAAGAAAGGGUCAUUAUUUGUAAAAUUUGGCGUAAAGUUGUAACUUGCCAACAGCUUUAUGAAACGGCCCCUUUUGGACUUUUUACUGUGCUCGUUCACAAAUUAAGAAAAGCACACUACAAGACGGUUUCUACCAUGCUAAAUGUUCCACUCUUAAAUAUUGAUGGACUGUGGGUUACCAAUGGUAGUAACACAGAUAUGAGCCACAGUUUCAGUUAACCAGGGUUUGGAAUACACUAUAAGAAGGAGAUAGGACUGGGUAUAUUUAUGCUGAGCAACUCUUACAAUGUCAUCAUAUAGGAUGUACUUGUUUAUCUACAUUGUACUACAUGUAUGUUUGAAUGGGACUGGGUAAUGCUAGUCAUGUUUUUAAACAUUACAGAACGCAGUUAUUAUCUCGUGUGUUUUUGUUUCAUUAUGUUCCCAUUUAGCAAUGAUAUGUAUUGUGUGGCAUGGUACCCUAAUUGUCUGCAGUGCCCCUUGUCCAUGUACACGUAUAAUUUUUAUAUGCACGAUUCUGAUAAAAGAAGCACGCAACAACCACAAAAUCUACAUCUGCAUCCCAUAGACAGGUAUUCAUGAAAACAUCCGAGUCCAAAUGAUAAAUGUUGGUAUUUUCAUGUAAGCCUUCCUCAUCAAAAUCCUUGAAUUUUGUGUGAAAUGAAUGCGUGCAUAGACAUGGAAAUGAUUUUUUUUCCAACCUAACAAUAAUGGCAGGCCCUGGUUUUUCAUAAGAAAUUCAUGUAUCUGACACAAAUUCUGAUGAUAUAUUUGGCACACAUACUCUUAAGAACAUAUGGAAAAAUAUUAAUGCAAACCGUUGUGAAAAAAAAAAAAAAUCAUGUUUGAUUAUUAAAUCUCAAGCUCUGUUUGGGGUGUGCAGACAUGGGGCCCACUUUCAUAUUGUCAUAAUCGUUGUCGUAUUUAGUUCUGGGUAUUCCAUUCAGCUGUGUAGUGAUUUUUCUUGCCAUGUCCAUCGUUUAUGUUUACUGUCUUCAUACAUGUAGUAAAAAAAAAAUGUUUUUUUCAUCAAAACCAUGAUUGUUCUACGUUAUAUUCUCUGUCACAUGGCAUGACACAUAUUAUUGAGAAUAAAGAAACAUAACAGAUUGCAGAGUUGUCAUACCAUAAUGGAGUAAUUCUUAUUUCAAAACAUCAUUGGAAAGUCCUAAUACAGAGAGCUUGCAUGAUUGCAAUCUUAAUGGUCAUGUUAUACUCUGCAAAUUCACUGUUUGUUUUUUUCACUCAUUUGAAGAAAAAAAAUCGGUCAUACUAAAGUCCAUGAUUCGCUGGUCAUUUUUUUUAUUUGUUUAUGUAUUAUAAAUGUCAUUUUUUGAGGGGGGGGGUAGGAAUAAAGUUUUCUUUCAGGAGAGAGUUUACUAUUGUCACUAGUUAGAUCUACUCCUUUCUAAUUUGUAGAAUGCAGUUAAAAAAUACUUUAUCUACCAAAGAAGAAAAGGAGAAGGAGGAAGAGGAAGAAGAAAAAGAAGAAGAAGAAAGGAGGAGUAAGAAGAAGAAGAAAGGGGAAAAAAGAAGAGGAAGAAGAGUGACCAAUGUAUAUACAUGUAAAUAAAAACUUUUUAUACCAGAA